AUGGUUCGAGCCAAUGCCGUGAUAGAUCCAAAUAGUGGUGAUGGUGAAAUCAGCACUGAAGCAGAACGAAGUGGGUACAUUGGACUCACUAACGAACAAUGGAGCACACUACUCAAGCUAUUGGAAGAGAAACAAGGAGCAACACCUCGCUUGACUGGUAAGUCUUUCUCUCAUGACUGGGUGAUUGAUACAGGAGCAUCGAAUCACAUGACUGGAUAUGUUGACUUGUUGAAUGAUCGGAAGUAUAUGUUGCCAUGUGGUAUUGGCCUUCCAAAUGGAAAACAGAGCUUGUCUCGAGAAAAAGGGACAGUAAUUUUUGAUGAAGAUUUUGCUCUUAAGAAUGUGUUGUUUGUUCCGGAUUUGAGAUGCAACUUGAUAUCGGUGUCACAACUUAUUAAGUACUUGGAUGUGGUGUUACAGAUUGCUAAUAAGGGUUGUGUAAUUCAGGACCGUAUCGAGAGGAGGCUGAUUGGAGCGGGUGAGCUUCGGGAUGGACUUUACUUCUUUCGUCGCUUGAAGAAUUUUAGAGCUUUACGUUUGAAUAAAGAUGGAGCCGAUGAGAUGUGGCAUCAACGACUUGGACAUCCAUCCAAUGGUGUUUUUGAUUUGCUUUCUGAUUUAGCUUUCGUCUGGAGGUGGUUUCAUGUCAUUCGGACCAGCGGUUCAGAAGAUACGACGAUAUUGGUUGGACUCGACCCAUCAGCUCGACCGGUUAGUUUCCAACUCGAUCGAGCUGCUUUUCCAGGAGUCAAAGUCAAACCCGAAAAAUGUUGCUUCCCUUUGACUCCUCUUUGA